UCUCCGACAGCUUCAUACAUGGAGGCUCCCAAGGUCAAGAUGCCAGACUUGUGCUUGCUCUUGCUCAUGGCACUCCUGUUGCUUCCUGGGUCCGAAGGUCAUACCUGCGCGACGGUCAGCCAGACCUACAUUACUCUCUUAUGUGUGCGUGAUACGUGCGUCAAGAACUGCCACAGCGAGGGCUACACAGGAGGGAGGUGCGUGAUCACCUCCUUGGAACCUCCCAUGUUAGUCUGCUUCUGCAUGAAACCCUGCUGAUGAUGCUUCUGAAGCAGUAAUAUUUUUGUGUGUGUUUAAGGAACUACAUGUGUGAACUUCUAUGUUGUAUUUGCUAUGAU